AGGCCUCAAACAAAGGACGGAUUUAAUGAGGAGUAUUGAGCCCUUCGGUCCAGGACUCAGGGACUAGGAGUCAGGCAGGAACCGGUACAUUGUGACGCUUCUGCUUCUUUUCUGUACCACCCUGGCCCAAAGAGAUACAGCUGAUAGACAUAAGGUUUGGUCCAGAAGCUUCUGUGUUUGCAUACCUUGCUGUCUGAGCUCUGCUUGUCCCUGUCUCAUAGUGCACCAGCCUGUGGAGAAAUCGCAAGACUAUGGCGGGCUUCUGCUCAACGGCUUGUGGUCGGAGCCUGGAUCCCGCUCUAUGUUCUGCUCACAUGCUGCUGCCCGAGAGCACUUGAAGCUCCCAUGACCCUGGACAUGGAUGCUGUCCUGUCGGAUUUUGUUCGUUCCACAGGUGCAGAGCCAGGGCUGGCUCGAGAUCUUCUAGAAGGAAAGAACUGGGAUGUGAGUGCUGCCCUGAGUGAUUUUGAACAGCUGCGCCAAGUCCAUGCUGGGAGCCUGUGCCCACCCCUUAGUGGAGGGAGCAGUUGCCCUAAGACCCCUGAAAAAGGGGGUUUGGAUAGAGAGCCCACUCGCCCUUCUCGACCCAUCCUGCAGAGACAGGAUGACAUCAUUCAAGAAAAACGCCUGUCUAGGGGCAUCUCCCACGCCAGUUCCAGCAUUGUUUCCCUGGCCCGAUCCCAUGUCUCCUCCAAUGGUGGGGGUGGGGGGAGCAGUGAGCACCCCCUGGAAAUGCCCAUCUGUGCCUUCCAGCUUCCAGAUCUCACUGUGUACAAAGAAGACUUUCGCAGCUUCAUAGAGAGAGACCUCAUUGAGCAGUCCAUGCUGGUUGCCUUGGAGCAGGCAGGGCGGCUAAACUGGUGGGUCAGUGUGGACUCCACCUGCCAGCGGCUGCUGCCUUUAGCAACCACUGGGGAUGGGAACUGCCUCCUGCAUGCAGCCUCUCUUGGGAUGUGGGGUUUCCAUGAUAGAGACCUGGUGCUGAGGAAAGCUCUGUACGCGCUGAUGGAGAAGGGCGCUGAGAAGGAAGCGCUGAGAAGGCGCUGGAGGUGGCAGCAGACACAGCAGAAUAAAGAGUCAGGGCUGGUGUACAGCGAAGACGAGUGGCAGAGGGAGUGGAAGGAGCUGAUGAAGCUGGCCUCAAGUGAGCCCAGAAUGCAUCUGGGUACCAACGGAGGCAGCGCGACUGGAGUGGAGGGGUCCGAGGAGCCGGUGUACGAGAGUCUGGAGGAGUUCCAUGUCUUUGUCCUUGCUCAUGUGCUCAAGAGGCCCAUAGUGGUCGUGGCAGACACCAUGCUGAGGGACUCUGGAGGGGAAGCGUUUGCCCCUAUUCCGUUUGGAGGGAUCUACCUCCCGUUGGAGGUCCCGGCCAGCCAGUGCCACCGGUCCCCUCUGGUGCUCGCCUACGACCAGGCCCACUUCUCUGCGCUCGUGUCAAUGGAGCAGAAGGACAGCGCCAAGGAACAAGCUGUGAUCCCGCUCACAGAUUCAGAGCACAAGCUGCUGCCCCUGCACUUCGCUGUGGACCCAGGAAAGGGCUGGGAGUGGGGCAAAGAUGACAAUGACAAUGUCCAGUUGGCCAGUGUGACCCUGUCCCUGGAGGGGAAGCUCCAUCUGCUGCACAGCUACAUGAGCGUGAGGUGGAUCCCACUGUCCUCUGAUGCACAGGCGCCUCUGGCCCAGCCUGAGUCCCCCACAGCCUCAGCUGGAGACGAGCCCAGGUCCACUCCCGAGUCCGGGGAGUCAGACAAGGAGUCAGUUGGCAGCAGUUGUACCGGCCAUGAGGGCGGCAGGCGGAAGGACAAGAAGAGAGCAGACUCUGUGGCUAACAAACUGGGUAGCUUUGGCAAAACCUUGGGCAGCAAGCUUAAGAAGAACAUGGGGGGCCUGAUGCACAGCAGGGGCCCCAAGGCCGCAGCGCUUGGGGGUGGCCCCGAGACACUGGAGAAAAAGAAGAAGAGCAGCUCGCUGAAGAGCUGGAAGGGUGGCAAGGAGGAGGCGGCGGCCGGGGACGGGCCUGUGGCCGAGAAGCCCUCGCCUGAGUCCCUUGGCAAUGGAGGGAGCAAGUAUAGCCAGGAGGUGAUGCAAAGCCUAAGCAUCAUGAGGAUCGCAAUGCAAGGAGAGGGCAAAUUUAUUUUUGUUGGAACCCUGAAGAUGGGCCACCGGCACCAGUACCAGGAGGAGAUGAUCCAGCGCUACCUUGCCGAUGCUGAGGAGAGGUUCCUGGCAGAGCACAAGCAGGAGGCCGAGAGGAAGAUCACGAAUGGAGGGUUAGUUAGUGGGCCGCCUCCAGCCAAAAAGCCGGAGCCCGACGGUGGGGAGGACCAAGCCAGUGACCCCCCCGCAGAAUCCAAGGCUGCCGCCUUCUCUGCUGCCUACCCUGGGGGCUUCACUAUCCCUCGGCCUUCUGGGGGUGGGGUCCACUGCCAGGAGCCCAGGCGGCAGUUGGCAGGGGGUCCGUGUGUAGGGGGCCUUCCCCCCUAUGCCACCUUUCCCAGACAGUACCCUCCUGCGCGACCCUACCCCCACCAGGACAGCACCCCAUCUCUGGAGCCAGGCAAAGAUGGGGUUCACAGGGGUACCCUGUUACCACCCCAGUUCCGUGUGGCUGAUUCCUAUAGCAAUGGCUACAGAGAGCCCCCUGAGCCAGAUGGAUGGGCUGGCGCUCCCCGGGGACUUCCCCCAACCCAGACCAAAUGCAAACAGCCGAACUGCAGCUUCUAUGGACACCCCGAGACAAGCAACUUCUGCUCCUGCUGUUACAGGGAAGAACUGAGGAGGCGGGAACGGGAGCCUGGCGGGGAAGUGCUGGCGCACCGGUUCUGAUGGGCAGAACCUGCGGGGAGAGGGCUAAACAAAGAAAGUGAAGGAAGCUCAGCUCCGGCUCCUCAAGACCCGGCCCUGUGUGGAUGGGGCAAGUGCAGACGUGUUUGUGGGAGCUGGAGUGCUGGCCAGCUGAGCAGGACGGGCUAGCGCUGCCUCAGGGCAGGACAGCUGCCUGCGGAGCUGACUAUGGACUGCAAGGCCGAAGGGGAAGGCUCUGUCUCCUAAUCGCCUGCAUCCCAGUCCCAGGGCCCAAGGGAAAGCAGG